AUGUCGGCAACACGCUCCUCCCCUCGAACACCGUCCAAACAUAAAGGUGUUGGACAGUUGCCUACUGAAGGGUUGCCUGAUUACAUUGAUCUUUCACAUAAAGCAACUUGGGAUAAUGUAUCAACCGAAAUUUUCUUAGAGUGUGUGCGGGAGCAAAUUUUAGCGGGACGUAGGCUAGGUACAACUAUCACAGUUGCCGAGUAUAAGGAAAUUGCAGUGCAAUUUGCUAAGCGCACAGUGAGACGUCAUGACAUGAAGCAGUUCAAGAACAAGUCAACCGGGUUGUUCACCGCGUCAGACGAAUGGUGGGAAAAUUUGAAAUCGACAAACAAGCUAGCGUACAAAUUCAAGAGCAAGCCAUUGGAACAUGAAGAUUUGAUGCGGGAAGUUUUCACAGGUGCAACCGCGACUGGGAAACAUCAUUGGACGCCCGGCGAGACUGUUGUGGACAUUGCGGACGGUGAAUCCGAUUUUGCUGACUCACCUGGGUUGCAGCCAUUUACUACGCCAUAUCAGCCGGUUGUCGACUCACCACCACCCUCCCCCAUUGUCCAGGUAGAUGAAACGGAGCAAGGGUCAAAGCGCAAAAAGGGGGCUAGUUCAAGUGGAAAGUCUAAGAAACCGUCCAGUGGCGCAUCUGUGCUUGCAGACAGUUUCAACCAUCUAUCCGAGGCUAUUCAUUCACAGAAGCACUUUACGAUCAGGCAUGGAACUGGUGCCUCUCAGAAGUAUGGCAUUGAGGCAUGCAUGCAGAGGAUUAUGGCUAUACCCGACUUUCUCAGUACGCCUCUUUUCCACUUUGCCUGCAUUGCUUUGGAGAAUGCAGAUUACCGUGAGAUACUAAUGUGCAUGCCUGAUGAUGGUAAUGUGGUCGGUUGGCUUGCAGCGUUGAAGGCCUCCAAAGGACUGUGA